CUGUCUCUAUUACUGCUUUUGGGACGAGACUAGACGUAUAUUAGGAAUCCUUCGUUUGAACUAAGACUAACUAAACCGAGGAAGCAUGGUAUCUGCCGGGCUACAGAUGUUGGGCACUGCCCUGGGCAUCAUUGGCUGGAUCAUGACCAUCGUCAUUUGCGCUCUGCCCAUGUGGAAGGUCACAGCUUUCAUUGGGAACAACAUCGUAACAGCACAGAUUACCUGGGAGGGCAUCUGGAUGUCCUGCGUUGUGCAAAGCACCGGGCAGAUGCAGUGCAAAGUCUACGACUCGAUGUUGGCUCUCAGCUCGGACCUGCAGGCCGCUCGCGCACUCUGUGUCGUUUCCAUUUUGGUUGGUAUCAUUGGGAUUUUCCUGUCCAUCGCUGGUGGAAAGUGCACCAACUGUGUGGAGGACGAGGGCGCCAAAGCAAAGGUGGGCAUAGCGUCUGGCGUGGCUUUCAUCCUCUCUGGUGUCCUGUGUCUGAUUCCCGUCUGCUGGACUGCCAACACCAUUAUCAGGGACUUCUACAACCCUUUAGUACUCAGUUCACAGAAAUAUGAGAUCGGAGCUUCUCUGUACAUGGGGUUUGCCGCCGCUGCUCUGCUGAUCAUUGGAGGAGGUUUGCUCUGCUGCAACUGUCCACCCAAAGACAACUACAGCGCAAAGUAUACAGCACCCCAAUCAGCAGGAUCCAAAGGCUACGUCUGAUCAUUUCAGAAGAUGCUUCAGCUAUGGACUCGAUCUUCGUGAUAUUCUGUAUUUUGACGAGCUGAUACGGACAUUUUAUUGUCUUGUGUAUUUUCGGCUGCUCACCAAAGUCACGACAGUACAAAGAUUUAACUUUCGAGCUUUAGAAGAACAAGCAAUGUCAUGACAAACAGCAGCGUCUGUCACAGUUGGGUGUUGCCCUUUGGGUGUUUUUUGUUUGUUUUUUUAACCGAAAGCUUUUAUAUUCAGACAAGGAAUAUUCUAAUAUUCAUUUGGUUUACUGUAUUACACAUUUGAACUGUAUUAAAUAAUACACAUAUCUAGCAUUUAUAUUUUACAGUUUAUUUGUUUUACAUUCUAUGUCUUAAGAUUUGAUGUUAUCGUGCAUUCAGUGACGCCUGCUUUUUUGUUACCAUUACAAUACAUUUUAAAGAAAUAAAUUUUUUUUUAAAAAACAAAACAAAACAAAACAAAAAAACAAGGAAUUUUCUUUAUUGACCACACACACACACCUACACAUAUUUUAUUAACUUAAAUGAUUAAACUUACAAUAUUUUUCAUUGAAAUAAGAUUUUAAACCAAACCAACAUCUUAACUAUCUUGUGAUCGUAUGAUAUUCAGAACCAGAUUUAAAGAGAGACUGGUAAUAAUUUUCAAGACUCGCUAAUGAUUUUCAAGAGAUUUUAUAUGACAUAUUUUUACUAGCGUUAAUACUGAAUUUACCGGCAUUAAUAUAAUAUUCCGUAUAUUAAAAUUUAACUUCAGAGAGAAUUUAAUAUAGAAUGAAUUUCUAUUCUGUUUAUUUUUGAGUUCUUAUAAAAAUGAACCUUGAUUUAAAUUUAACCUUAAAAACAUGUUGUCAAACUGUAGCUCAUGAUAAUCUAAAAAUCGGUUUAAAAACAUAAAAAUGUAGAUUUUUAAAUAAAAAUUAAAUGCGAUAAUAAAAGAUUUUAAAUGUGUUCUGUGAUUGGUUCACGAAUAAAAAACAGCACUAUUAAAUAGAUAAAAUAUUAUUCUACAGAGUUUCUGGAACAAAUAGGAAAUAUGUUAAAGUAUAGACCGGACCAUGCGGGUCAGUGCGUAGCAUAUUUUACUUACUUUACUAUUAGUUAUAGUUGAGUUAUAUUAUGAAAAUAUUUACUGAUAGGUUCAUGGAUUUUUUUUGGUUAUAGUACUUUAGGAGAAAUUUUAAGUUUUGAGUGAUUAAACUAAAGGCUAAUGAUUUGCUGUAAAAUAAAUAAAUAAAUAAAUAAAUAUAUAACUAUCGACUCUUGAGAAAUAUGUAUGCAAGAGUGACACCAAGUGUUCUUUAGUUGAUCUUCAGUAAUCUCCUCAAGAAAUAGGUCUGGAACACACCCUAGAGUUCUUCUAGCAUUACUACAUUACUAUACCAGAUUGUCCAUGUCUAAAAAAUAAAGCGUAUUUAUUUCUUAUACAGUUUACUGAAAUAAACAAUGUCAAAAUAAACCUC